AUGGAAUUGUGUGAUCAAAUUGAUCCGAAUAUGAGCGAUAAAACAAAAUUAACGCUGCUUAUUCCUACCUUAAGACCAAGUUUAAGGAAGAAAAUAUUGGAGAAAAAUCCAAAAACAUCAGAAGAAUUCCUUAAAAUUGCAGAAGAAGCUGAAGCUAUCCAAAAACAUCUGAGUAGUGAAUUAGAUCAGAAUGAAUUUUCAGAUGGUAUAUUACAUAUCAAUCAACGACCUUCGUAUUCAUUUCAAUCUGGAACAUAUGUUAAUCCAAAUCGUCGCAAAUUGAAUCAACAAUAUUCGAAUCAACCGACUUCCUCAUCAGUCCAAGCAUCGUCUUGUGAUCGAUCAACUGAACAACAAGUAGAAAAAUUAUCUUUAAUGGAUCCACCGACAAUUACAUUAAACCAGACAAUAUCAGCACCUCCGCAAAAAAACAAAUACGAAUACUACUCCCUUCUCAUAUCCAAUAAAACAACAACCAUCAAACAAUAG